AUGAGUAAAAUCAUGUUCCGCCAACGAUAUUUUUUAGACCGUACUAAUUGGGCCGGCACAAAAUCUAAAAAUCCACUGAUAGUUAAUUUUGGAGGAGAAUAUCCUGUAGAAGGUGAUUUACAAAAUUUAGGGGUUAUUAAUGAAGCCGCAACCAAGUUUGGAGCAUUGGUAUUGUACAUUGAGCAUCGAUUCUAUGGCAUGUCUGUGCCCUUUGGAUCCAUAGACAUAGCUUUAGGAGAUGCAAAUGUUCGGGAGUGUCUUAAUUCUGAGCAAGCGUUAGAGGACUUCCCGCUGAUUAUCCUCGGCGUGAGGAAAAAACUAUUCAAUCAACAUACAAAAAUUAUAGUUACGGGUUGCUCUUACGCCGGAAUGUUGGCCGCAUGGUUCAGACUUAAGUACCCCAAUAUUGCGAUUGGGGCACUGGCCGCCUCGGCUCCUGUUUUCUAUUUUGAGCCGAGCAUUCCAUCUCAAUGGGAAAAUGAGUUUUGUUCAAUCGUGAGCAAUGAUUUCAAGGUGGUUAAUGAAAAAUGUUACCAAAGAAUAAGGAAAUCUUGGGACAUAAUCGACAAAAUAAGUUUACAGGAACUUGAAGGCAGUGCACAUCUUGCUGACGUUUUCAAAUCAUGCAGUCCAUUUAUAUCAGCCUGGGACCUGAAACACAGCUUGUUAAAAUAUUAUUCAUACUCGGCCCAAUAUAAUGGACACUAUAAUGGAGGCAUUGGUAAAGUCUGUGACGAAAUAAUUCGUGCACCAGAUGAUGACGUGCUAGGAGGGAUCGCUCGCUCGGUUCUUAACGGACGACCGUGCUAUGAUUUGGAGUAUUAUAUGGAUACUAAUACAACUACAACUUCAAGUGUCUUUGAGAAUAAUGCGGCAAGGGCUUGGGAUUGGCAGGAACUCGUUUGUAGUAGCAUCUAA